GGCCCCGGAAGGAGCGGGCCGGAGGUGGCCACGUCCGCGGGAGCCCGAGGUCCCUGCAGGCAUGGACCUGGAGGCUCUGGAGAAGUGGUCGGCCCGACAUGCCAAGCCCCAGGGCGCGGCCCUCCACUACGGGACGGCGGGCUUCCGGGCCAGGGCGGAGCUCCUCGACCACGUCAUGUUCCGCAUGGGGCUGCUGGCGGUCCUCAGGGCCAAGAAGACCAAGUCCGCCAUCGGGGUCAUGGUCACGGCCUCGCACAACCCUGAGGAAGACAACGGCGUGAAGCUGGUUGACCCUCUGGGGGAAAUGCUAGCCCCUUCCUGGGAGGAGCACGCUACCCACUUAGCCAACGCCGAAGAGCGGGAGAUGGCCGGCGUGCUUGUUGACAUCAGCCAGAAGGAAGCGGUGGACCUGCAGCACGACGCCCUGAUAGUGAUCGGUCGAGAUACCAGGCCGAGCAGUGAGAAGCUUUUGAAGGCUGUGGUAGACGGUGUGACCAUUUUAGGAGGCCAGUACCAUGAUUACAGGUUGGUAACGACACCCCAGCUGCAUUACAUGGUGUGCUGCCGGAACACCGGUGGGGGUUACGGGAAGGCCACGGCAGAAGGUUAUUACCAGAAGCUCUCCCAGGCCUUUACGGAGCUGACGGAAGAGGCCACCCGCGGCGUAGAAAGUCCCAGGCCCCUGAAGGUGGACUGCGCCAACGGGAUCGGAGCUCUGAAGCUGGCGGAGAUGCGGCGCUACCUCCCCCGAGCUGUGCCCGUGCAGCUCUGCAACGACGGCUCCACUGGGAGGCUCAACCACCUGUGUGGCGCCGACUUUGUCAAAAGCCAGCAGAAGCCUCCGCAGGGGCUGGAAAUCAAGGCCGACGAGAAGUGCUGCUCCUUCGACGGGGACGCAGACAGAAUCGUCUACUACUAUGUGGACGCCGAAAGCCACUUCCACCUUUUGGACGGAGACAAAAUCGCCACCUUGAUUAGCAGCUUUCUAAAGGAGCUGCUCCUGCAGACAGGAGAAAAUUUGCAGAUAGGAGUGGUGCAAACUGCGUAUGCUAAUGGAAGUUCAACUCGCUAUCUUGAAGAAGUCAUGAAGGUGCCUGUACACUGUACCAAAACAGGAGUAAAGCACUUGCACCACAAAGCCCAGGAGUUUGACAUUGGAGUCUACUUUGAAGCGAACGGUCACGGCACGAUCCUGUUCAGUAAAGCUGCUGAGGCGAAAAUAAGACAACUCGCAAAGGAGGAAACGGAUGAGAAAAAAAGGAAAGCUGCAAGGAUGCUUGAAAAUAUGAUUGAUUUGACAAACCAGACGGUGGGGGAUGCCAUUUCAGAUAUGUUACUGAUUGAAGCGGUCUUGCUGCUGAAAGGCCUGACGGUACAGCAGUGGGACACCAUCUACACUGACCUGCCAAACCGGCAGCUCAAAGUCAAGGUCGCGGACAGGCGGGUGAUUGACACGACGGAUGCCGAGAGACGGGCGGUUUCGCCCCCGGGACUGCAAGAGGCGAUCGAUGAGCUGGUGAAGAAGUACAGGCAGGCGCGGGCGUUCGUGAGGCCCUCGGGGACGGAGGAUGUGGUCCGCGUCUACGCCGAAGCCGACACCCAGGAGAAUGCAGACGCUCUGGCGCAGGCUGUGAGCCUGGCCGUCUUCCGUGGGGCCGGAGGAGUAGGAGAGAUGCCCGGGCCCGUCGGCUGAAGGAAGCGUCCACACAGCCGCCGACCAGAUGACUUGGAAAGCUGUGACAAUCUGAAUGGUUACAAGGCACCACAACUGGAGUUUUCUAACAAGAUCCUUCUUCUUUAACUGCUCGGGUUCCUUCCCAGUGAUUGUUCAACCUGACCCUUCUCCCCCGUGGCUGCUUUGAGCUUGUAUUUCUGCUGAAGGCAGUAAAAUAAAGUUCUUUAGAAAGCA